CCCGCCCACACAGCCUGGAGUCUGUGAGCUUUUUCUUUGCUGCUCCCAGAAGCAGUAAGCUCCACCACAAGGAAGAGGCAUGGGCUAAUGGCUGCCAAGGGUGGCUGAGCACUCAGAAGAAACUCCUAUGUGCCUGUGCAGUGCUUGGGUAGAGGGCUAUCUCGGAUGUGGAUUAAUUCUAAAGAUUUUAGGGGAUACGUGGUAAAGCAUGGUGGCGCAUGAUGAGAUUGGAGGUCUCCUACCUGCUAAAAGGGCUAUAGGACUCCUAGAUGUUAACAAUCCGUCCUUCAGAGAACAAGAGGAGCCAAGCAAUAAAAGAGUUCGACCUCUAGCUCGGGUCACAUCCUUGGCAAAUUUAAUCUCUCCUGUAAGAAAUGGAGCAGUCCGUCGCUUUGGUCAGACAAUACAGUCAUUUACCCUUCGUGGUGACAACAGAUCCCCGGCUUCUGCCCAGAAGUUAUCAAACAGAUCAACAGUCCCAAUGCCUACCAAGAGGAGAAGUAGUGUUCUGUGGUCAGAAAAGUUAGAUAUCAAUAUGAAGGAGUCUUUAACUACCAAUGAAAUCAAACGUCAGGAGGCAAUAUAUGAACUGUUCCGGGGGGAACAGGAUUUAAUUGAGGAUCUCAAGCUUGCAAGAAAGGCCUACCAUGACCCCAUGUUAAAGUUGUCUAUUAUGUCAGAAGAGGAACUUGCACAUAUAUUUGGUGAUUUGGAUGCUUACAUACCUCUGCAUGAAGAUUUGUUGGCAAGAAUAGGACAAGCAACCAAGCCUAGUGGAACAGUGGAGCAGAUUGGUCACAUUCUUGUGAACUGGUUGCCAGGCUUGAAUGCCUACAAAGGCUACUGUAGUAACCAGCUAGCAGCCAAAGCUCUUCUUGAUCAAAAGAAACAGGAUCCAAGAGUCCAAGACUUCCUUCAGCGAUGUCUGGAGUCUCCCUUCAGUCGAAAACUAGAUCUUUGGAGCUUCUUAGAUAUUCCUCGAAGUCGUCUAGUCAAAUACCCUUUAUUAUUAAAAGAAAUUCUGAAACAUACUCCAAAAGAUCACCCUGAUGUUCAGCUUCUGGACAAAGCUAUAUCAAUAAUACAAGGAGUUCUCUCUGAUAUCAACGUGAAGAAAGGCGAAUCAGAAUGCCAAUAUUACAUUGACAAACUGGAGUAUCUGGAUGAAAAGCAGAAGGACCCUAGAAUUGAAGCAAGCAGAGCAUUGCUCUGCCAUGGGGAACUGAAGAAUAAAAAUGGACAUAAACUUUACAUUUUCCUGUUUCAAGACAUCUUGGUUUUGACUCGGCCUGUUACACGGAAUGAGCGCCUCUCUUACCAGGUUUACCGGCAGCCAAUCCCUGUCCAGGAGUUGGUUUUGGAAGACCUGCAGGACGGAGAUGUUAAAUUGGGGGGGUCCUUUCGAGGGGCUUUCGGCAACUCAGAUAAAGCUAAAAAUAUCUUUAGGGUUCGCUUCCAAGAACCCUCUUCAGGGCAGUCUCACACCCUGCAAGCCAACGAUAUGUUCCACAAGCACCAGUGGGUCAGCUGUAUUCGCGCUGCCGUCGCCCCUUUCCGGCAGGUCUCCAGCCCCGCUGAGCUGCAGGGGCUACCGGAGCUCCACGAAGGGUGUGAGAAUGACCCCGCUGCCGGCAAUGUCAGAGCCCAGAGGAGAGCGUCCACGGCCUCUAGUGUGACUCAGGUCGAAACUGAAGGCGACGCUUCAGAAUGUGGCUCCCCGGUGCCCACCACAAGUCACAUCAAGAGCGUGAAAACCCACCGGACACAGCCUGGCUGCCGGAAAGCCAGGGACAAAGCCCCAAACAGUGGCAAACGGAAGGAGACUUUGGUAUAAAGGAAGCCCUGUGCACUAACUAGUGGAGAGACUGUUAAUUUAUAAAUGUGUACAGUUUGUUUUUCCUUGGAAUGUGAGCAUGUAACGAGCAUCGCAGGGUCACUUAAUACCAGUCUUAACACCUAUGGUUUUGGUGGUUGUCCCUUUUUUAUUUUUUCCCAAUGGCAGCUAAAGAUAUAUAUGCAGAUUACUGCUGAACAGCAGGGGCUUUUUUGGGGUUUGGUGUUUUGUUUUUUUUUUUUGUUUUUUUUUUUGUUGUUGUUUUGUUUUUUUUAGCUAUGUUCUCAGAUUAUUUAGAACAUUCAAACCUGGUCUUUUUAAUCCAAUGAAAUAAGUUUUCUCCUCAUUCUGCAUUCAUCAUGAUUUGUCAAUACCAAACCAUUGUGGGAUUUACUAUAUUUGCCAAAACUUAAAAUUUUGCAAAUACUGGGAUUUUACCAGUGUUUCUUUGAUAGACCUAGCAUAGACUUUGAAGUUUUAACAUUGGCAUCUGACGUCUACAUGAAAUAGAUGUUUGUAAUGUUUUAGAAUUUACAUCAAAAUUUAAUUUCUUUGGAAACCAUCAAACUUAAUAGAUUUUCCAUUUUAUCAACUGGAAUGCUAUAUGUUUGUUUUUCACUGCACAUUCCUCAUUUUUCAUUCAUUUAACCAACCGAUUAUUUAAUUUUUUUAUUGUAAAGUAGUUUUUAGUAUUUGCUUUUAUUUUUUUACUUUAAUGCCUUUUCAAAUUGGCAUGUCUUUAAAGUAUUUUUCUUCCUUGAUUAAAAAUGUGUGUAUGCGUGUGUGUGUAUAUAUAUAUAUAUAUACUUAUAUAUGUAAAUUUUUUUAGUCAUAUUAACUUUACCAAGUGAAACCAAGCCAUACUGUUUUUGAGCCAAUUUUGAAAACUGCAAUGUUGAAAGUAGCAUUUUGGGGUGGCGAACACACAAAGCAGCACCUCCUUGUGUUCUGGACUACUGAAAGGAAACCACCAUCAUGAUUUGUUGAAAGUUUUAGUGGUGUCUGAAGAAAAGAGGGAGAGCAAUUGAUGACUGAUAGUAAGUAAAAUAAGAAGGAAAGGGAGAGUAGUUUUGUCUUAAAAUUAAAAUGUCUGGUUGUGCCAGAAUGUGGAAGAAUAGAGAAAAAGCUAAAAUUGAGGGUAUGUAGUAAGUUGUAGAAGGUUUGAGGGGAAGUGAAUUUUAUUUGCCUUGGUUUAUACAACCUGCAAAUAAUGGGUUUGAAGAGAAACAAUGAUAUGUGUUGGAAAUUUGACUGUAUUGCAUUAUUUGGUCAAUUUAUUCAUAUGAUGGAAAAAAGACUGAUUAAUCUUUUAUUGUAAAAUGUUUCUGUUAAAAUGAGAUCCUAGUCUUAAAAUUCUUCUCACGGCAGAUUUACAAUGUUGAUCCAUCCAAGUAAAUGUUGACUAUUUUGUGAAAUAUAUUUGGCCAGUGAAAAUGAAAACAAACAAAAAAAAAAACGUGUAAAUAGAUCAAUCCAAAUGAUUUCUCUGUAUAAAUGAAUUAUAUAAUUAAAAAGAAUCACACACAUAAUCACCAUUAAACAUUUCUUGUCUGAUGA